UCCUCAAGCUAUCGCACACAUACACAUGUAGAGGCUGCUGGCAGAAACCCUAGCAAAGCACGCUUCGGCAGCAAGGCCGCAUGGAGGAUCAUUCGCGCCGGCGCUCGUCCGCCGGCUCGGCGGCGAGCAGGCGGCUGCGCUGCCUGCUCGCCCUGGCCGGCGACUACCUCAAGUACCUCUUCAUGAAGCGCCGCCGGCUCAUGCACAGGGUGGCGCGGAGGACGCUGGCGCUCGUCCACCGCUACCACGGCGGCCGCGGCAAGCAGGGCCACUACCUCAUGGAGCACGAGUUCUCGUGCGCCGACAGCCCCAGCCCCGCGUUCCUCGCCGCCAAGAGGCUGCUGCUGCGCUCCCGGGUGCGAGGCGGCGGCGCGGCGGCCGGCGCCGUGUCGUCCUGCUUCGGCUCGCUGCUCCGAGCGCCGUGCGGUUCGCCAGAGACGGCGGUAGACGAGGAGGAUCGGCAGUUGGAGACGGAGGACGACGAGGAGGAAGAUGACGAUGCGGUGCUUGCUGAGGACGGGUGGGCGCAGUGCGGUGAGCUCCCUGACGUGGACGACAGGGCGGAGGAGUUCAUCAACAUGUUCUACGAGCAGCUCAGGGCGCAGAGCUUCGCCGCGGUUUUCCAGGGCUCGCCAUGACUCCAUCAUGGCGUGCAAAGAGUGUGGUCGUCUUGAUCUCGCGAGAUCAUUCGUUCGUUGUGUGGUUUAAAUUUGGAGGAGCCUUACUGUGUUUGUAUCUGUAGAUUUUUUAUAUACUAAGAGUGAGUGUGGCACAGUAUA